AUGGCCUUUACCGUACUAUCCGACGCUGAUAUCAGGUCUCUUCUUUGCAACCUAAGCCCAGUCGACGCAGAGAAGCUCACAUCACGCCUCAACCAGGCUCUCUCACAGUACUCGUGCAAUGACGAAGCUCCCUACCAACCACACCGCGCCCAGGUCACGCGUCCAGAUGGGCAGGUCAGCCUGUUCAUGCCCGCCACGACACCUUCGUCCAUUGGUGUCAAGAUUGUUGGUGUCGCCCCAUCCCAGGCCCCCCCUCCAGGCGAGAAGCCCAAGCCCGCGCUGAAAAGCGUCCUCACAAUUUGCGACGAAUUGGGCCAGGCCGUAGGCGUGCUGAAUGCAGCAGAGCUGACUGCCUUCCGCACUGCUUUGGGAACCAUGUUGUUGUACCGAUAUAGGAAAUCCACACAAAACAUAGUCGUGUUUGGCGCGGGUAAGCAGGCCGAGUGGCAUAUCCGACUGGCGGUUCUACUCAAGAGCAGCGACAUCAGCAAGAUUACCAUUGUGAAUCGAUCUCGGACCAGAGCAGACCAGUUAGUCGAGUCGUUGACAAGAGCGGGACUCAGUUCACAUAUCCAAAUCAGAGUCUUUGAGGGAGACGAAGAUGCGUUGAAGAGUCUGGUCAAGGAGUCGCAGGUCAUGUUUUGCACAACACCCAGCACUACACCUUUGUUUCCUGCUUCGUAUCUAUCUUCGGAAGCAGAUAAAUCUCGCUUCAUCUCCGCCAUUGGCUCCUACCGUCUCGACAUGCAAGAAAUUGAUCCUGAUCUCCUCAGCCAAAUCACCACUCCUUCUGGCCUCUUUGCCUCGCAAGUUCACAACGCGUGCAUUGCUGUUGACAGCAUCAAGGGAUGCAUGGAUGAAGCCGGAGAGUUGGUCAAAGCAGGCGUUGCUACAGAAAGAAUGAUAGAGGUAGGAAAGAUGGAUGGAUUGAGACAAGACAAUGGGGUCAAAAAGUGGCUGGAACAAGGGUUUGUGGUAUACAAGAGUGUGGGCGUGGGGGUUAUGGACAUUGCAAUUGGCAAGGCCCUGCUGGAGCUGUCAGGGGAGAAGGGCGUAGGGGUGCGCGUAGACAGCUUCUAA